AUGAAUUUGCCUCUUGCUAUAAUGUUAUAUACCCAAAUGACAAAAAGUGGUGUUUUUGCUAAUAAUUACACUUUUCCUCCGCUGAUUAAAGCUUGCACUCAAUGGCAAGCUGUUGUAUCGGGAGAAACCAUCCAUUGUCAGAUAUUGAGGCUCGGUCUGCAAAAUGAUCCAUUUGUUCAUUCUGCUAUUUUGAACUUUUAUGGGAUCUGUAAGGGCAUGCAUUUUGCUGUUGGGUUAUUUGCCGAAGUUUCAAAGCCAACUAUAGUUUCAUGGACCUCAAUUGUGAAUGGUCAUGCAAAAUCAAGGGAUUAUGCAGCGGCAAGAGAAGUGUUUGACAAAAUGCCUGAAAGAAACUUGGUUUCUUGGAAUGCUAUGAUAUCAGGAUAUGUGCAUAAUGGCCAAUUCCAAGAGGCUUUGGGCCUAUUUAAUGAGAUGCAAUUAUCUAUGAUAAAACCCAAUGGUGCAAUUCUAGUUAGUGUAUUAGUUGCAGUGGCCGAACUAGGGGCCCUACAUCAAGGAAGGUGGGUGCAUGAUUACAUAGAGAGAAAUGGUUUGAGCUAUACUGCAAAUCUAAGUACCAGUUUGGUUCAUAUGUACGCGAAAUGUGGGGAUAUAGAAACAUCAUCCCGAGUCUUCAAUAUGUUCUCUAAUAAGUCCCUAGACCUGUUUAAUGCAAUGAUCAAUGGAUUUGCCCUACAUGGACUAGGAAAAGAGGCCCUAGAUCUAUUUGCCAAGAUGUUGGCUCAUGACAAGCUGCGGCCUGAUGAUAUUGCAUUUUUAGGUGUAUUAAGUGCAUGUGCUCGUUCAGGAUUGGUUAGAGAAGGCCUAGAUUGCUUUGAAUCAAUGGCUAGAUUGCAUGGUGUGGAACCUAAAAUGGAGCAUUAUGGCUGUAUAGUGGACCUCUUAGGGAGGGCCGGCCAUCUAAAUGAAGCGCUACUGCUAAUAGAGAACAUGCCUUUAGAGCCUGAUUCUAGAGUUUGGGGACCCUUUUUAGGUGCUUGUAGGAUACAUGGUGCCGUGCAAUUAGGCGAGACCAUUGGAAAUUUGUUGAUAGAAUUGGAGCCAAGUAGACCAGAGAGAUAUGUGACUCUGUCGAAUAUUUAUGCUAAAGGUGGUAGGUGGAGAGAGGCUGAGAGAGUUAGGGGGGUGAUGAAGAACAGAGGUGUGAAGGUUGAACCUGGGUGUAGCUCGAUUGAGGUUGAUGGGGUUGUGCAUGAGUUUCUUGUUGGGGAUGAGGUGAACACUAAUAAAGCAAGGGAGGUCUACUUGGUGUUGGAUGUGAUAGCAAAGCAUAUGAGAGAGGGAAUAGGAUGCAUUACUAAUGCAAUGCCUGUGUUGCUUGGUGGGUUUGAGGAGGGUUAG